CGAAGCUAAAGAUGAGUUCAACCGAAGAAACCAGUAGCCAAGCAACAACACCACAAGAUGGUCCCGAAGAACCACAGUCAAAUGCCCGUGAAUUGGAAAAAAUCGAAGAGGAGAAAUUAAAAUCAAAAUACCCUGUGGGAUUGAGAGGCCCUGGCGGCCAUACUGCUUUCUUGCAAAAGCGGUUACAGAAGGGGCAAAAAUAUUUCGAUUCCGGUGAUUAUCAAAUGGCCAAACAAAAAGGUGGCGGCAUCAAACAGGUGUUUGCCAAUAAAAAUACAACCGGUGAAGCCAUACCAACACCCGAGACUGUGCCUGCGCGUAAAACAUCAAUUAUUCAGCCUUGUAAUAAAUUCCCAGCGACGAGUUAAGUUAUAGUAAUUACAACAAAAAA